AUGGAUACACAUUUCUUUGCGGGACUAACCAAGUUUAAGCUCGACGCCGGAAAGCACAGGCGGGAUGACGAUUUUGCGGAUCGAUUUAGUCACAACUUCACCACCCUCCUGCUCGUCAUCUUCACCCUGGUUGUGUCCGCGCGACAGUAUAUUGGCAAGCCCAUCGCGUGUUGGGUGCCCACGGAGUUCACCCGUGCUCAGGAGGAGUAUGCGGAGUCAGUGUGUUGGGUGACUAGCACCUACUUUCUGCCCACGCGACAAAAAACUGUGCCUGAGUCAACCGCAGAACGGGAGGAGAGGAAACUGCUGUACUACCAGUGGGUGCCGUUCGUACUCAUGAUUCAGGCCUUUCUUUUCAACUUCCCGUGCAUUAUUUGGAGGUUAUUCAAUUGGCAGUCCGGAAUACAUGUGAGUUUGCCCAAAUGCUGA